AUGGAUGCCAAAAAAUUUAUGCAGUUGGUUGAGGAGAAAAAGAAGAGAGUUUUGGCAAAGAGAGAAGCCCCCUUGAAAUGGGAGCAGAAACUUGAAGCUGCUGCCAAGGCAAAAGCUGAUGCUGAAGCCAAAGAGAGGAACGCCAAGGCUGCUAAGCACAAGAUAAGAUCUGUAUCAGGGUCAGAUAGCAAUAGUGACACUGAUAGUGGUGAUGAGGAGAGAAAGAGGACUAAAAAAUCCCGCAAGAAGCGAAGAAAGCACAACCAUUCCGACUCAGGCGACCAUGAAAAGAUUAAGGUUAAGAGAUCCAAGCGCAAGCCUGGGAGACAUUAUAGCAGUGAUCAAUAUGAUAGCGAUUCAGAAGAGGAGAUGAAGAAGCAUGACCACAAGAAACACAGGCAUGAUCAUACAAGUUCCGGUUCUAGUGCCUCAGAUUCUUCAAGUGAUGAGAAUGAUUAUACUGUCAGAAAAAGUAACCGGACAAAGCAUCACAAACAUCAUCGGCGGAUUAAGUCUGGACAGCCAGAAUCCUCAAGUGAUGAUGAUGAUGAUGCAACCAGAAAAAGAAGCCAUGCAAAGCAUCGUAAACAUCACAGACUGGUACACUUAAGUUCAGAUUUUUCCAGCGACGAGGGGGCUAAGAGAAGGAAGAAUCAUGCAAAGCACUACAAAUCUCAUCGCCAAUCCGACGAUCACGACUCUUCAGAUUAUUAUGAACGCAUACGUGGCAGGAGGAGCAAGCGGAGCAGAUCUGUGGGGAAGUCAUCUGAUGACAAUGAUGAAACAGGUAAAGAAAAGCACAGGAGUCGUCAUCAUCAUCGACAUGGUCAUCCCCAUCAUCAUCACAAGAAUGGACAGUGCCAUACUAUUGAGCUGCAAGAGGAUAAUGAUCCAGGUCAGCAUCCUGCAGAAGCCAAUGCAAACGUAUAG